AUGCUUUUCAUACAGUUUUUAAUGGGAAAGUUGUUAUGCACAUUUACGUUAUUGUAUGCAAGUUUAUCAGACAAUCAAAUCCGUUCUCUAUUAGAGGAUUCGGAUUUAAGUGGCGACGACGAGUUUGUUCCUUCUCCUUCAAAUAUUCAGCAGGCAGACGACUCGUCUGAUGAUGAUUUGAAUGCUGAAGAAGUUCCUGAAGAGCGCAGGAGUUCACACAAUGUCAUAGAAGGUGUCAGACCACAGCUUUUUUGGAGAUCAAAUUUUGUUCAGAAGAUUUAUCCACCAAACAUUAAUUACAGUGCUAUUGAGAGUCCUUCACCAAUUGGAACUCCUGCUGAAUAUUUCUGUAAAACGUUCUUUGAAGAGGCAACGAAAUAUACAAAUAUGUAUAGUGUUGCAAAGACAUGGGAAUCCCUAGGGACUACAGCUCAUGAACUGAAGGUGUUUUUUGGGAUAAAUUUAAUGAUAGGGUGCAUAAGGCAUCCUAGGCUACCCACGUACUGGAAGAAAUCUAUUUCUUUAUCAGGUAUUAGUGACACUAUAUCUAGAGACCGGUUCCUUGCACUCAGGAAUAAUGUGCACUUUGUUGAUACUAUUAAACCACCUGAAGAGGCUAAAACUAAUAGACUGUGGAAAGUUCAGCCAGUGAUUGACACAGUAAGAAGAAGAUGUCACAGUUUGCUCAGUAACUUUAAUUACUACAGUGCUGAUGAGCAAAUGAUCCCUUUUACUGGGCAUUGCAAACUGAAGCAAUAUAUUAAAGGAAAACCAAGGCCUGUAGGUGUUAAAAACUUUAUCAUGACCUCAGCAUCAGCUAUAGUGUUGGAUUUUGAAAUUUACUGGGGGGCUACUACACCUCUUGGUGAUAUGUCAUUAGGAUUAGACCCUUCUGCUAUUUUACGACUAACACAGAGUCUCCCACAAGGAAGUUUUGUUUAUUUCGAUAGGUACUUUACCACAGAUUCUCUCUUAGCAAAGCUUAAGGAGAAAGGAAUUGAGGCUGCUGGCAUAAUAAUGGUAAACAGAAUUAAGAAUGUUAAUUUGAAAGAAGGAAGAAUGAAAAGAGGAGAGUGUCAUUCAUAUGUUAGAGCAGAUGAAGCUGUAGUAUUUACUGAGUGUCAGGACAGUCAGAGGGUCGUGAUAGCAUCCAUUUGUGCUGGCAUUGAGCCAAAAUGUAAAGUUCAAAGUGCCAAUAUGGGUGGCGUAGACAUUCAUGACCAGCAGGUUGAGUGUUACCAAAUGUGGUUCAGAACCAGAAAAUGGACACUCAAGUGCUUGCUGCAUUUCAUCGACCUUUCGGUGGUCAACUGCUGGUUUAUCUACAGAGAGCACUGUCGUGAAAACCAGACUGCCAAAAAGAGCAUAAUGGAUCUUUUGAAAUUUAGAAUGUCUCUAUCUGAGGCUCUUCUGUAA